GUGAUCUUCCACGACCACGGUGGCCUCUUUCCCAUAUUGGCAAUAAGACAACUGUGCGGAGGUGGAACUUGGCGGUCCAUAUAGCAUCAAUCAAUCUCUCGCUGGUCGUUCUCUUCCAACUUUGCUUUGCUCUCUGAACCUACAAGCAAUUAUCAGACACCCUUCACCGAUUGAGCUCAAAUCUAGAGCUAGCUUCAAGCUUCUCCUCAGCUCUCCACACCACGCAGGUGUCGUAUCCACUAUAAAUCAACGGAGAUGCAUCACCCCACGUCACUUUGCGCCGUCGCAACGGCAGUGUUGGCGAUUCUUCCAGGCGCUCAAGCUGGCUUCUACCCCAAGAGCUCAGGCGUCUUGGAGAUCACUGGCAAAAACUACCAAGACUUGGUUGCCAAUUCCAACAAAACCACUAUACUCGAAUUCUUUGCACCAUGGUGUGGACAUUGCAAGAACCUGAAGCCAGCGUACGAAAAGGCUGCCAAGAACCUUGAGGGUCUGGCAAAGGUGGCAGCAAUCGAUUGCGAUGAUGAGAUGAACAAGCCGUUCUGCGGCUCCAUGGGUAUCCAGGGCUUCCCUACUCUCAAGAUUGUGCGCCCGCCAAUGAAUAAAGGAAAGCCACUAGUUGAGGACUACAAUGGCCCGCGUUCGCCUUCUGGGAUUGUUGAUGCUGUCGUCGAACGAAUCAACAACCAUGUCAAGAGGGUCACAGACAAGGACCUCGACGACUUUCUCUCCAAGACCGAAGGGCCCAAGGCCAUUUUGUUUACGGAAAAGGGCACCGUUAGCACACUUCUCAAGGGUGUAGCCAUUGACUUUUUAGAUGUCAUUAAAAUCGCGCAGAUCAGGAACAAGGAGAAGGGCGCCGUGGAAAAGUUCGGCAUCGAGAAGUUUCCCACCCUGAUACUCAUCCCAGGAAAGGGAGAGGAGCCGAUCAAGUACGACGGUCCGGUUAAAAGGGCAGAUAUGGUGAAGUUCUUGUCUCAGGCUGGUGGGCCAAACCCUGACCCGGCACCGAAGAAGAAGGCGGACAAGAAGUCAAAGAAGGCUGGCACCAAGAAGGCUGAGCCCGAGGAUACACCAUCUGCCGAGUCGGCCGAGUCGACCGAGACUGUCAAAACACCUGUCAUCACUGAGGCUGCACCACCAAUUCCCACCAUCCACGACUCCAGCAAGCUGGCCAAGGAGUGCCUCAACGAGAAAUCAACUACUUGUGUGCUCGCUUUCGUGCCCGCCGAAGCCGAGCGUAGCAAGGACACCCAGGCUGCUCUUGACGCUCUGGCAGACCUUGUGCACAAGUACGCACAGGCCAAACGCAAGCUGUUCCCAUUCUUUGCCAUCCCGAGCAGCAACCCUAGCAGCGCGUCUGUCAUCAAGGCCUUGGAGCUUGGGGACAAGCCUAUCCAACUGGUCGCCGUCAACGCCAGGAGGAACUGGUGGAGGCAGCAUCCUGGCGAGGAUUUCAGCGCUCAGGGCAUCGAGAACUGGGUCGACGCGAUCCGUAUGGGUGAAGGCGCCAAGAAGAAGCUACCUGAGGGUCUUGUGAUCGAGGCUGCGGAGGCUACCGGUGCUGAAGACAAGGCCGGUACUGCCAGCGAGUCUACAAGCGAGACCAAGGGCUCUGACCCUGUGCCAGAGCCUGAGACUGCCAAGCCUGCCGGGCAUGACGAGCUGUGAGCGUAGGAUAAAAAUUAGGAAAAUCUCAUUGUUGUGCGAUCUGUGUUGGUUUUGUUCACAUAUAUGUAUUGUUAAGCGGUCCGUUAGUUGCAAAUUCAAAAUCCGACAUAUGAACAUUCCUUGUAUCCGGAGGUUUCCGGUGUUUUAUGCUUGAAUGCGAUGCUCCAAAACCC